AGAAGGAUAGAAAUGAAAACGCGAACGCUGGCAUGUGCUUAGAAUAGCGUACCGGACCAACGAACGAACAGAACGAACAGUUGGUGCCAAACCCCCCGACAUGAUGGAUUUUCAGCAACCGAUCCCCCGAGGAACCAUCGCGACCAACGGUACCAACGUGGACACCCGUGAGGCACUGUACGCGGUGCUUACGAACCAUGCUGCCCGGGCGCUCGCCAACCACACGGGUGCGGGCGACCGAAUGAUGAGCUCAUUGGACGACAGCUUGCUAGCCGGCUUGGCACAGCAAAAGCAGCAGUACCUUUACGUGAACGCCACGACCGUCAGCGAGGGCGAUACGGCCGAGGAGUACGAGAAAAUCCCGACCUGCAUCCUGCUACCGAUCACCAUCUUCUACUGCUUCAUCUUCGUCGCCGGGAUCGUCGGUAAUUUGUCGAUUUGCAUCGUGAUUGCCAAGAACAAGUCCAUGCACACCGCCACCAACUACUAUCUGUUCAAUCUGGCCGUGUCGGAUUUUAUGCUACUGCUGUUCGGAAUGCCGCAGGAGUUGUAUGGCACGUGGAACCCACUGGCGUACCCGUUCAAUCAGGUUGCCUGCAUCAUCACGGGUCUAAUGUCGGAAACGGCUGCCAAUGCAACGGUCCUCACAAUCACGACGUUCACCGUCGAGCGUUACAUCGCAAUCUGUCAUCCGUUCCGAUCCCACACCAUGUCGAAGCUGUCCCGGGCCGUACGGUUUGUCAUUGUCAUCUGGCUGGUGGCGUUCGGACUUGCGACGCCGCAAGCACUACAGUUCGGCAUCGUGGAAUCGCCCGGUAGUCGUCUCUGCACGAUCAAAAACCGGCAUUUCAACCACGCAUUCGAGGUGUCCGGUGCUCUGUUCUUCGUCGGACCGAUGACGCUGAUAGCGGUGCUGUACGUGCUGAUUGGAAUUAAGCUUCGGAAAAGUAAACUGCUGCAGGGCGUUAAGCGUGCAUCGAGCGACUAUGCGGCACGGUCCCGGGGCGUGAGUGCACAAACCAGGGUCAUCCGAAUGUUAGUGGCCGUCGUGGCAAUGUUCUUCAUCUGCUGGGCACCAUUUCACGCGCAGCGCCUGAUGGCCGUGUACAGUACGAACACGAAUAGCAUAUACUUCUACAAGGUCUACACGAUACUGAACUUCAUCUCCGGCAUACUGUACUUCCUGUCAACCUGCAUCAAUCCCCUGCUGUACAACAUCAUGAGUCACAAGUUUCGGGACGCCUCGAGGCACACCUUAAAGGUCACAUGUUGUGGUGGCAGUCGCCUCCGGUUCGAUGGUCACCACCAUACGUACAGUGCUGUCUCACGCUACGGUGUAACCGGGGCCGGAUCUUUCAAGUUCAACUCGAACAACAUGACUUGCAUCGGUGCGGGUAUUAAUUUGGGAACGGCCGCCUCCGUUGGCCAAGGUGGAAUGGCGGGACUACCGGCGGCGACAGCAUCGGUUGCUGGUGCAGAACAGCAUAGCGAUCUUUGCCACCAGGAGUCGGAUAUGUCGCUGUUAUCGAAUGACCAGCGACACCGUGGGACCCCGGGACGCUUCGCACGGACCAACAUGCACUGCGUUUCGAUCAGUAGUAGCCAAUCGACGACCGGUACGAACAUGAGCAGCAAUGGUAAGCUGAAUCGUUCGAACGGUUCCAUCAGACAAGACUGUCGAUUGACACCACUCCCCGCUUCUGGUACCACCGCCACCAAUGGCGAUGGUGAUACGGCGGGCCGGCUCUCGACGAUCGCGGAAAAGCUACGUCGCGGUACGAAGAAGGUGCUAGCGUUCAGCAAAUCGCCCGUGAGCACACCCUGCAAGUCACCGAGCGCAAGCGUGACGAAUGAACGGCGGAAAGAGUAUCGGAAGCGUCACAGCUGCGACAGCGUCGAUACGAACACGAUCAGCAACUCUAGCCUGAAAGAGUUCGAUGAGGACGAGUUUUCUAGCGCGGAGCUGGCACGCUUUAUGGCCGAGGUAAACAGUGAGAUACGCUAGGACAGCUAGCGAUACGCCGCCGAAAAUCCAGGAGAUAGAGCG